AUGAGCAGUGUACCGAUCACCGUGACCUACUCUCGGGCAGAUGGCCUCGACAUCAAGCUUGACGUCUACGUCCCCGAAGGAGUCUCAGGAUCAGCACCCGCUGUCCUCUUCUUUCACGGCGGCGGCUUGGCAUCGGGGGAUCGUAGGGACCUGUGGUUUCCGUCAUGGCUCAAGGACGCAUCCCUGGAGCGCGGCUGGUGCUUUCUCUCCGCGGAUCACCGACUGCUCGUGCCCUUUACCGCCCACGAUAUCCUAGCGGACGUUCGCGCCCUCGCGGCGUACAUAUCCUCCGGCCAGUGGUCCCUCCACCUCCCCUCCGGCGCCUCGCCCGACCCAUCCCGGUUAUUCGUCUCCGGCGGGUCCGCAGGCGGCUACCUGGCGCGCCUCUACGCCCUCCACGCAUCUCCCAAGCCCAAAGCCGUCCUCUCGCUCUUCGGUAUGGGCGGUGCAUUCCUGACCGACCACUGGGUCCUCCCACACCCGGAUGGUAUACCCUUCUGGGGCGGCCGGCUCCCGUUCUCCACCGUCAACGCCGCCCUGGGGUUGCCAGAGGGCGUGCCGGUCCCGCCCUCUGCGGGAUCGCCAGUCAGGCUCGGGCCGAAGGGGCCGUACUGCGAGGAUGGGCGUGGCGCGCUUGCCACCCGGAUCAUCCAAGAGGGGCUCUAUCUCGACUACUUUACGGGGAAACAAGGGCUCGCAGCAGAGCUGAAGAAGUAUUCGACAGCGAGGGAGCGUGCAGCCGCGCUACCUGAGGAGGAGCGCGAGGUGUUCCCGGAGUUGAGGGUGAAGGAGCUCCCACCGACGUUCCUCAUACACGGGGACAAGGACACGCUCGUGCUCCUGCACGAGAGCGAGGUCACGUUGGGAGAGCUGAGGGAGAGCGGCGUGAAGAGUGAACUGGUGGUGGUUGAAGGAGCGGAGCAUGGGUUACAGUUGGCGUCUGACCUCAAGCUGGAGGCACCGGGCGUCCCAGAGGCUUAUGCAAAGGCGAUGGAGUUCUUGGAAGGAUGUUUGUGAGCGCAUCUCACGAACGAGAUAGAUGGUACAUUAUUUCCUGUUAUUCUAAGCACAAACCCCUCCUCACUGUAAAAUAGUCAAAAGCAAUAAACCCC